AUGUAUAUUUUCUGGAAUCGGCAAGAGAAUGUUCCUGCGUCGAACCGAACCAAUGCACCGAGGGGCAACGAGCAACAGCAGUUGCCACGUAGUCAAAUUAUACGACAGACAGCCAUCAUUAUCAAGAUAUCUAUAUUUUUGGUCAUCUGGUUCUUCUUCACCGUCUUUCUGAUCAUCAUUCCCCCUUACGAGCCUUCGAAUGUUUUAGUGCCGCUGGAGACGCAAAGUCCGCAGGUUGUGAGGAUCAUGGAUGAACCACGGAGCGAUGUGAUCACCGUUGAGGUGAAGGGUCCCAUUGAUCCGGACGCCACACUUAAUCCCCAGCUGGCGACCAAAGAGCAGCCGCACAUCCUUGUGGUUGUGGAGUGCUUCAGCGAAGAGACAAACACCACCAUGUGGAUAUCAAAACCCUGGAAUGUCUACCUGGAUGAAACACCACAAAAUCACAAGCAUCAUGUCGAUGAGGAGGACGAGGAUGUUGGGGUCACAGUAAAGAAGUACAUCCAUCUGGAGGAGAUUCAAAAUAAAUGGAUGCAACGAGAUAUGCAGUCGAUAAGUCGCCGCUUCUCCAAUAAACAAUUGGAUGUUUUGCUGCUGAAUAUGCAUGACGAGACGGCGUCUCUAUUUGUCCGCGUUAAUCCCAAUCCGAUGGACAUGGACAAGGCGGUUGUGUGGGGCAUAUGCCUGAUGCUGCUGCUCUAUGUGCUCAUCAUUUGGGAUAUUGCGGAUCGGACAGUUGCCGCACUGAUUGUGUCAACCGCUGCAAUUGCGGUGCUCGCCAUGUUGGGUGAGAGACCCAGUCUGGGGAAGAUCAUUUCGUGGAUCGAUAUGGAGACAUUGAUGCUACUCUUUGCCAUGAUGAUUAUGAUCGCGAUUCUCGCCGAGACGGGCAGCUUUGAUUAUCUGUCAGCGUUCGCCUAUCAGAUGUCGAGGGGCAACAUUUUGAUGCUCCUCUUCUAUCUGUGCAUGUUCACCGCCUUCAUUUCUGCCUUCCUCGACAAUGUGACAAUGGUGCUGCUAAUGGUGCCGGUGACGAUUCGUUUGUGUGAAUCGCUGGAGUUGAGCACACCGGAGUUUGUCAUCAGCAUUGCGAUCUUCUCGAAUAUUGGUGGCACAUUCACACCGGUGGGGGAUCCAUACAAUGUGUUGGUCGCCACCGAUCCGCAUGUGCAGAAGAAUGGCCUCAAUUUUGGUCAGUUUGUGUUGCACAUGUUUCCCUGUGUUCUCAUCAGCCUGCUGCUCAGCUUUGGUCUCUUUUACCUGCUCAUACGCAAUAAGCUCUACAACAUACAUGAGCUGCAAGAAUCGCUGAAGGCUCUCCAGAAACAGGACAACCAAUUGGAUCUAGAUUUGGAGCGUCGCAUCAAUGAGCUGCAGGCGCGCCUCAAGAAACAACAGGGCAAGGAUCGAACCAAUUUCGGAGCGACUCUCGCCGAGAUGAAGGCCAAUUGUAGGAUACGCAACAAAACGUUGUUUGUCAAAUGUUGCAUUGCCUUCGCCUUUGCCAUAAUCCUCUUCUUUCUGCACGCCCUGAUGGAAGCGGUGACUCUCUGCUGGGCAACCAUGCUGGCGGCUAUAUUGCUGAUGAUCUUGGCCAAUCGCAAGGAUAUCGAUGCUGUUAUCGAGGGCGUCGAAUGGUCCACAUUAAUCUUCUUUGCGGCCCUUUUUGUCCUUACGGAGGCACUGACCGAAAUGGGCGUUAUGGAUUUCAUUGGUCAGUGCACCAUUGCGAUCAUCUUGAGUGUGGACAGGAGUCAACAGUUGCUGGUGAGCAUCAUGUUGGUGGUGUGGAUCACCGCCCUCUCCUCGGCCGUUGUCGACAACAUACCCCUCACGGCCAUGAUGCUCAAGCUGGUGAUCAAGCUGAACUCCAGCCCGGAACUGCAUCUGCCAUUUGCACCGCUCAUCUGGUCGCUUCUGUUCGGCUCCAGCUUUGGUGGCAAUGGAACACUGAUUGGUGCAUCGGCCAAUGUGGUCGCAGCGGGCAUGGCCAGCCAGCAUGGCUACACCAUCAACUUCAGGUCGUUUUUUGUCAUUGGUUUCCCAAUUAUGUUGAUGACGGUGCUGUUGGCGACCAUCUAUCUGCUUAUUGCCCAUUACUGGUUCUCAUGGCACGACUCACCUAACAGAAGUUAA